UACACACACACACACACACGCGUGUAUUUGUGUGUCUGCGUGCCCCUCUCCUGCUAACCUCCUCCUCCUCCUCCUGCCAGUCCUUUCUCUAUUAUUUGUUUUUUCUUUAAAUUAUAUAUAUAUCUUCUCUCUCUCUUCUUUACCCGCUCGGAUAACGCACAACCAACCCCCUUCCUUUCUCCCAUGCCUUUACUUAAUCUGUACUAGCCUCUGUGUUCUUUUUUUCUUUUAUAUGUAUAUAUACACAUACCUCUAUUUUCCUUUUUACUUCACUUAUUUACUUAUUUAUUUUGCCCAUUCAGUUACGCCUCCGUUACAGUAGGAGACUUUUUUUUGCUCAAGUCAAGAUAGCAAAUGCUCCAUUGAGACUCUUGUCAUAUAGUAUUUUAGUUGGAAAAAUGGCAGCUGAUCAGCACAAAAAGAGGCUAAAUGCUACCAGUUUAGUUGGCUGUACAUCUCGUGAACAGUAUAGGGUAAAGAGGAAAAAACUUCAGGUAAAACACCACGGUCUGAACAUGAGACCUACCAUCUCUCUCGAGUGGGAUAACAAGAAGAAGAGUGUAGUUUCGAAGAAGGACCAGAUUGGUAUUAAACAAAGGCACAUGCUUCCAUUUAUUGAGCCUGGUGCUCACAGCCACAACAUUUUGGCUGACGUAUUCCCUGUUCCUCAAGAGAUUUUUGAAUUAGAAAAUCUCUCCAAGGUUCUCUCGUAUGAGGUCUGGCAGAGAUAUUUAUCUGACAAUGAAAGAAGCUUUCUGUCACAAUUUCUACCUAAAGGAUCCGAGUCAGAUACAAUUGUUCGAGAUUUGCUUGCUGGGGAUAGCUUCCAUUUUGGAAAUCCUUUUGUAAAAUGGGGUGCUUCUAUUUGUGUUGGAGAGCUUCAUCCUGAUAAUAUUCUUCAAGAGGAGGUAUCUCUCAAAGCUGGCAAGAAAGCGUACUGCUCAGAUUUACAUAAGUAUCACAACGAUAUGAUUAUGAAUUUACAAACGUGGAAGGAAAAAUGGGCUAGUUGCAAGGAUCCUGAAAUGGACAUCGUGCAGGAUAUAUGGAGUUCUUGGAAGCAUGCUGAGUCAACUGUGCCUCCAGAGACUAGAUUCUGUGGUACUGAAGAGAACCUUGUUGCCACACCAGAGUCUUGUUCAUGGGCUAAUUCUGAUGCAGCUGAUAGUAGCGACAACCAGAACUUGGGAACAGUGCAUGGACAGUCUCAAAGAAGAAAAGAGUUCUGGAAAAAGUUAUCUGAUAAUUGCUCUAGUGGGCUCAAUGUGGUGGCUGCAGUAUCUAGGAAAGGAGAAAAGCUACACAAGCGAAAUAUCCAGCAUAGUGAUGGAGCCAAAUAUAUGUCAUAUAUCAAGGUCAGCAGGGAACAACACGAACGUUUUAAAAGCAGCAUGAAGCAUUCUGGUAAUAGCAGUCAGCCUAGGGCUUUAAACAAUGUUUUAGGUGUCAUUGAUGCCCUAAAUGUACAACCAUUUGAAAGAUUUGAGGAAGAAGAAAGAAAGAAGCUCCAUGAACACUGGUUGAAAUUGGCAACCAAAGAUAUCCUUGAAGGUUUUGUUAACUGGAGAAAGAGACAAUUACAAAGAAAAGAACUAAUAUGGUCCAUGGUUGAAGAAAUAGGGCAAAAAAUGGAAGGUCACGAGAAUACUCUCGGUGAGGAUGAAGAGGGUUCUCAAAAUAAGCGAACGGAGCUCUCAGAUGAUGGCAUAGAAGAAAUUCUACCUUUAAUCACAACUGAGGGUGGACAAAGAGAGCAUUCCGAUGCCUUGCUUCAGGAGCAGAUGGGAAAUGAAGGAGCUCAUGAAAUCGAAACAGAAACAGAAACCGAGGAUGAAAAGGAUAUGAAAAGUGACUACAUAUAUGAGGAGCGAACAACUGAUGAUACAGAACUGUUUGAAGAUGAGGGUGCUGCUCCCAACCAAGUUAUAAUCCGGGACGAGAAUCAACAGCAUAUUGUUUCACUUAAUAAUAGCCCUAGGAGCACAACGAUAACAUCACCGAGUUCUGGUUUCCUUCAUGAUCAACAUCAGAAGCGACUGAAUAGUAAUCUCCAAUCCAAUUCCAUAGAGAUGGAAUCUCACAACAAUAAUGCAAGUGGAAAAACAGAUGAAGAUACUCCAAUUGAAUCGGAAUACUCAGGAAAUCUGAACCGUGUGGAUAUUCAUGUUAGCCAAGGGACUCCACUUCCGUCUUCUUGCGAUAUUUGGCCCUUGAGUGAUGUACAUGAUUCUUAUUAUCAAUCUACUGCCACAAAUGCUAGAUACGCCUCUGCUCAAGAGUUGUCGAUUAGGAAUCCGCAAUUUAUACAGGAGCAAGCAGUGCAACUGCUUGAUAUGGAGACAGGCAGGCAGGAUAAAAGUACUGGCAAGGAUUUUCUGCAUAGUAGACAAAGUGAUGAUAUGUCUUUCUUCAGCUCUUACCCAAAUCAAGAGAGAAAUGAACUGCUUCAUUCUUUCUUCAAGGAUCAGGGCAAUCCUCCGUACCAUCAUCAGCAAAAACA